GAAAUUUGUCAUUCCUUCCUAUUCACCCCGUUCGACUGUGCAAUGGGUUUAAUCUUUUCACUUUGUAAACCGAAGAAUCGACGACCGCCGCCUGAAUUGAUACCGUUUAGUCAGUUUCUGAAGCUACCUUCCAAGGCAUUGCGCAUCGUUCUCCAUGAAUUAGACGCUCAUCACAUAUUCGAGUUGUCCCAAGUGUCGGCGGAAUUGGCCGCUUUGAUCAACCCUGCUCACCACACAUUUGACCAUAUUGAGGUCAACAUUUCAAAAGAGAAAAAAUCAAUAUCUUUCUACAAUAAUUGGCAAAAGGAUCGACCACUCACUUUCAACUUCACCUCUAAACGUGCAGUUUUUAAUAGGACUGUGAAAUUCGGAGAUCUAAGAUUGCCGAUGAAAUACGACCCGAAAACCAGAUAUCACUGCUCCACGGACAUCUAUGAAGAGUGUCUACAACCCUGUCUCGAUUUUUUUGCCACAAUUUUCAGUUGCCGUGGUGGAAUCGCAGUGGUCAAUAUGGAUGAAUGUACUAUGAGAGUGAGACAACAUACUGACCAUCCAAUUUUCAAAAAUAACCUCGUGGCGAAAUUGUCGGGAAAUAUAAACCCGAACGAACACGUCAGUCUGCAGUCAUCAAUUUUUCCGGAAUAUGUGCUUUUGGAGGGAAUCAUCGUUGAGUUUUACUUCUCCAUACCUCUCUUCGAUCUGACUCAGAUCUUUGACCUGAAUCGUGUGUGCAUCAUGGAUGCAAGAUGGGUCACAUUUGGAUAUGUUAUGGGAGCAAAUUUCACUCGGCUUAUGUUGUCAAACACUAAGUGGGAUGUCGAAACUGUGAACCAGUUCAUCUCGCGUUGGUUCCGUGAUGGUCGAUGGCCACAUUUGGAGAGAUUUGAGCUUCACUUCACUCCCGAUUCUCAUGGCUGCUUCAAUCCGACAAUACUUGGAUCGGGUUCGUAUCCGAAGAAAUGGAAUCAUCGACGCUCAUCCCUGGAUUCUACGAGAAGAAGAUAUUAUGUAAUGGACUGCCAUCGGGACCCGUAUCUCCUGGACACUAAAAACGAUCUCGACGUGACAAGAGGUGACGGAAAAAUCGCGACAAUUGUGAAUUCGCCUCGAGCAUUUUUGUUCCUCGUCUGGCCCGAUCCUCCCGUUGAGCAUAAAUAUCGUAUCGAGACUGAACCAAUUAUUCAUAACUUUUGAAUUAUUUCGUUUAUAUGUAUUUUAACUAUUUUGAAAAAUAU